ACUCACUCAGACUCCUGCAGUCACUUUAGAGUCCAGCCACCAGAGCAAGAGACACACACACACAGAGACACACACACACAGAGACACACACAGAGACACACACACAGAGACACACACACAACAGUUCACCUGAACAUCCACAUUAUCGUCGAGAUGAAGAAGAACAACAUGAACAGAGAGAACAGGAAGACCACCGUCCCUGCCCUGCAGGAGAGGACUGAGGAAGCUGAUGCCCUCAGAACACAUAUGAAGCCUGCAGACUUCAAGGAUGAGGGGGAUGCAGUCCUCCUGAAGGACGUCCAACAGGUGGAAACACUAGACUUUCCUCAACUACAGAAGGAACCGUUAGAAAGACCAUCUCUGCAGGACCAGAAAGGGGACAAUGACCGAUGUUCCAGCUCGGCUGAGGGUCAGAUCCCUGAGCCUGAAUCACCAUGGCUCAGAUACAAAGAGGAGAUGGUGUGGCCGUCUGUGAGGGAAAGGGUUGCCUUGCUGCGUCAGGAAGAGCAGCUAAAGGACCUGCCAAAAAACCACAAAGACAGGACAACCUCAGACAGGACAACCUCAGACAGGACAACCUCAGACAGGACAACCUCAGACAGGACAACCUCAGACAUGGAUCUGGACCUUGUUAAGUUUUCCAGCGAGCUGGAGACAGCAGAGGUGGCUGUCACUGAAAUAAGCCGACCCAUGGAAGCCGUUGACGUCAGAAAGGAGAAGCAAACAGAGACAAACGAAGAUCCAGACCAGCCAAGAGUCAAACAGGUUUUGCUGUCUCUCGUUCCCGAGGACCUGCAGAAUCCGGCAUGCACGUGGGAGCAGGACAGAACUAUUCUCCUUGGAGAAAUCUCCAGACUGCGUGCUGGACUGGACCAGGCACACAUGGCACUGGAGAACCAGAAGCAUCAGGCCAGUCUCAAGGCGGAGGUGAUCCCUGACGCCAACAAGGACCACCACCAGUGUGAGGACAAGAACUCCCGUCUCCUGGCCGAGGCCAUGGAGGAGAUCUCAACCAUUACAGCUGCCCUGAACGAGACCCGGGAGGACCUGAAGACACAGAAGCAGGAGUGGGAGAAGGUAACAUCGAAUCUUCUCUCUGAACAAGAGGAAACCUGCAGGUUGAAGGCUGCCCUGACGCAAGUCCAGGAGGACCUCAAGACACAGAAGGACAAGUCUAGCCUCCUAGAAGAGACCACAUCCAAAACAAAGACUGCCCUGACCCAAGCCCAGGAGGACCUCAAGACACAGAAGGACAAGUCUAGCCUCCAAGAAGAGACCACACCCAAAACAAAGGCUGCCCUGCAUCAAGCCAGAGAGGAGCUAGAGACCAAGGAGAGCCAGUGGGAUGCUGCCAAGUUCAAGCUGGUUUGUGAGCAUGUUAAAGAAAGAGAAAGGAUGCAGACUGCACAGAAACAGGCAGAAGUGGACCUUAGACGCCAGUGGGAGAUGGACAGAUGCUGUCUCCUGGCAGAGCACCAAGAAGAGACCAUCAGGAUGCAGGAUGCCCUGAAGCAGGCCAAAGAGGAUCUGCAAACACACCAGGCCGAGUGGCAGCAGGAGAAGGCCUCUCUCAUGGAGUCUUUAACCGCCAUCAAUAAGUCACUGAAGGAACAACAAGAAGACAGAGCCAAGACUACCAACAGUUUCAUGGACAGACUGAGGAGCCUAGAAACUCAGCUAGAGGAGGCUAGCAGACCACCCAAGAAGUCUUUCAAGAAAAGGUUCCUGCAGUUCUUUAGAAGAGAUGCAAGGACUCCCUCUCAGACCUCGGACACCCUCAGCCAAGACCCUUCAACUUCUCAAUCUUCCUCUCACUCCCAUCAACCCCAACAAGUCCAGUCCUCACUCUACCCCUAAACCCCAUACCCCCCCAUACCCCCCCAUACCCCCGCCAUCAAAUCAAAAAUAAACAAACAUCAAUAAAU